GGACACAGCGGAUCACCGAUUAACAGAAAGAGCCGAAGAUGUCAGCUCGGUCAAGUGAUCAGCUGUGUCCAAUCACAGCUGAUCGCAUGGGACAUGUGCACUGAUGAUCAGUGUGCCCUGAUGACCAAUGUAGCCCCAGCACUGCCACCUGUCAGUGUCCAUCAAUGCCAGCUGUCAGUGCUCAUCCAUGCCACCUACCAGUGCUCAUCAUUGCCACAUCAAUGCCACAUAUCAGUGUCUACCAGUGCACAUCAAUGCCACAUAUCAGUGCCCAUCUGAGCUGCCUUCCAGUGUCACCUAUCAGUGCCAGUCAGUGCCACCUAUCAAUGCCAGUCAGUG